AUGAGUUUAUUUCAGUUUAUCUUACUGUCAUGCGUAACGACACUUAUCGUGACAGGACACAAAUCUUGCAUCAGAAAUGCUGAUCUUAUGAAGAGUAUACAAUACCAGCUAAAACUCGUGGAGGAAAAUGAUGGAAAAUGUGAUUGUACAGGGAGAAAUUCAGGACCAGAUAAAGUUGCAUUUAUGGUGAAAAAUUCGGUAGCUUUGCAAAACAUCCCUUCAAAAUCUGCUAUUGUGUACAAUACAGUUUUAACGAAUUUAGGAAACGGAUACGACUCGUCCAAUGGGAUUUUUACGGCUCCUUCGAAUGGUGUGUACAGCUUUUCCUGGACCGUUUUAUGUUAUCGUGGCAAAAACUUUUACACUUACAUUUCUCUGAACGAAGAUAUUAUAGCUAGAAACUUUGCGUCGGCAAAUAAAGUAGCAGAACACACCUCGGGAAGUCAGAAAAUAAUUAUUAGCAUGAAAAAGAACGACAAAGUUUCUGUACGGAUACAAGGUGGAGAAACUGGACAGUACAUGUAUGGUAGUGGCUGGUCAACUUUCAGCGGUUAUAAACUAUAUAACAUGUAA